AUGGAUAAAGGAGUGAAAGGAGAAUUCAGUAAUCAGCAGACACAGUCUUGUGUUAAAAGAAGGAGAUACAAAAAAUACAUUUCAGGAUCAUACAUUGGGCUCAUUGCAUCUGCAAUUCAAGAUUCACCGGGCAAGAUGUUGACGUUCCAAGAGAUAAUGAAGUCUCUGGAACCAUUUGUCUUCGGAAACAAGAAAGGGGCUGAGAACAACAUCAGAGUUUGUCUGUCAUCAAACGGUUGUUUUGCAAAGGUGCCAUUCAAUCUGGAAUACCCAAAUCCCAAGAAGAACUAUUGGAAAGUGGAUGAGAGUUGCAUUACUCCAAAAAUGUUUCGCCGACACUUCAAACACAUAAUCGACAAGUUCCCAGGGUUGUCUCUUCAGACACAAAAGACGGAUGGAUGUGGAAAGAACUGUACUUCUCCUAAACAUCUUUUGCCUGCCUGCAGUGUCCCAGAAAACAAAAGUGAAGUCAAAUUUACAGGCCCGUUUUCAAUUGAAUCUUUGUUAAAGAGCGACAGCAAAGUGAUUGAAUUGGAGGGAUAUUCACUCUAUAAAGAUACUCAAUGUGGAGCAAUGGAGAUGAAUAACUGUUAUGACUAUGGCACAACAGGUCGUUAUUAUCCAAAUUCAACAAUCGGAUCUGAAUUGUAUCCAGUACAAAGAUUGUUCGGAUUGUCUCAUUCUUCGCAGAUGUCGUAUGAUCCCAGUGUUCUCUUCUACAGCUCUCCUGUAACGUAUAUGUCUCUGAUGCAAGAUCUGUGA